AUGAACAUGGCUGCAAAAUUAGUCGAACGAAAUUUCCACAAUGUCCCGGGAAAGCUUCGCGUGGCAGAGCUGUUCUUCGAUGUUCCGCUCGACUACAGCAAGCCAACCGAGGGCACUCUAAGGCUCUUUGCGCGCAGUGCCCGUCGGUUGAGCAAUCCAACCGAGCCUGAAAAGAAUGGCGACAAACAAUUGCCGUGGAUGGUGUAUCUUCAAGGUGGUCCGGGAAUGGGAUGUCGUCCCCCGCAGGACUACGCUUGGAUUGGACCCGUUGUCGAUAAAGGCUACCAGGUCCUGCUCUUGGACCAGCGCGGCACUGGACUCAGUUCAACCGUUACCGCGGACACGCUGGCUCGACAGGGAAACGCAAUUAGGCAGGCUGAAUACUUGAAGAAAUUUCGAGCAGACAACAUAGUUCGUGAUUGUGAAGCUAUCCGCCGGUGUCUGAUGGCAGACUAUCCUGAGGACAAGCGCAAAUGGAGUGUUAUCGGUCAGAGCUUUGGCGGGUUCUGCGCAGUGACUUAUCUUUCCAUGUUCCCAGAUGGGUUGACUGAGGCUUUCCUUUGCGGCGGGGUCCCUCCAAAUGUUAACAGUCCGGAAGCAGUCUACGCUCGCACUUACGAAAAGGUCACAGAGAGGAACAAAGCCUACUACGCGAAGUACCCGGAAGAUGCUGUCCGAGUUAAGCAGAUUGUUCAAUACCUGCAGGAGAACCAAGUCUCCGUGUCUUCUGGAACACUCACGCCUGCGCGAAUUCAGCAGCUUGGUAUCAUGUUUGGUAUGCAUGGUGGUCUGGAUAGCAUUCAUGAUCUCAUCCUGCGUGCUUCGAACGAUCUGAACAUAUUUGGCUUUUUGACCCGUCCGACUCUCAAUGCUAUUGAUGGAUAUGGUGGCUUUGAUAACAAUGUCAUCUAUGCUGUUCUCCAUGAAUCCAUUUAUUGCCAGGGACAAGCCUCAAAAUGGACAGCAGACAGACAGCGAGCCGAAAUCCCAUACUUCCAGAUUUACCUGAACAAAAAUCAAAUUUAUUUCACAGGCGAGAUGAUCUACAAAGACAUGUUCGAAUCAUACACCGAACUCAAUCAGCUCAGAGAAGUCGCCGACAUCCUUGCCUCCACAGACGACUGGCCUGCGCUCUACGACUACAAUCAACUGGCGAACAACGAAGUCCCCGUCUAUGCGGCCAGUUAUGUGGAUGAUAUGUACGUGCAUCUUGAGCACUCAGAUAACAUGGCUCAAAAAAUCAAGAAUUGCAAGCGGUUCAUCACAAACACUAUGUAUCAUGAUGCUUUGCGGAGCAAGUCGGAUGAGCUCAUGCGCCAGCUUUUUGCUUUGCGCGAUGAUUCACUUGAUUAG